AUGGAUUCUCUUCUUCAAUUCCCAACAGUUAUGUUCCUCUCCUUCCUAGUAUUUCUUUACUACUUGCUUCAAUGGAGGAGGUCAUCGAGUAGGAAUACAAAGCUCAACAAGAGUGGCAAUAAAAGGGUAGGUGCACCAGUAGCCGCUGGGGCAUGGCCAAUAUUUGGUCACCUCCAUAUGUUAGGAGGUAAUUCCAUUCCUCACAUUACUUUGGGAGCAUUGGCUGACAAAUAUGGGCCAGUUUUCACCAUUCGGCUUGGUAUGCAACCUGCUUUGGUGGUAAGUAGUUGGGAGAUAGCAAAGGAAUGUUUUAGUACAAACGAUAGGGCCCUUGCCACCAGAUCCAAGGCAAUAGCCACAAAGCUCAUGGGCUAUAACUAUGCUCUAUUUGGCUUCACUUAUUAUGGAACUUAUUGGCGUGAGAUACGCAAGAUAGUCAUGCUUGAGCUUCUCUCCAAUCGUAGACUUGAGAUGCUCAAGCAUGUCAGAGCCUCAGAGAUUGAAGCCUUCACAAAAGAUCUGUACAAGAUGUGGGUAGAGAAGAGAAACUUGACUUGUCAAGGUGGCCAAAAUGUAGUGAUCUUGGUUGAUAUGAAGAAAUGGUUCACAGAUUUAACUCUAAAUAUAAUCGUUCGCAUUGUAGCUGGGAAGCGAUAUACAGCCUCUAAUGCAGAGGAGGCAUUGCGGUGCCAAGAAGGAGUUAGAGAGUUUUUUCACUAUGUGGGUCUAUUUGUUGUGUCUGAUGCAUUUCCCUUUCUUGAGGGGUUGGACUUGCAGGGAUAUGAGAAAGCUAUGAAGAAGACCGCGAAAAAAUUGGAUUCUAUAGUUGAAGGAUGGUUGAAGGAUCAUCAGCAGAAGAGAUCUUCUGCUGACUAUGCCGCCAAGGCCAAAGGUGAUCAAGACUUCAUGGAUGUUAUGAUAUCUAUCAUGGAGGAUUCAAAGCUCUCAUCACCAGAUUAUGACGCUGAUACUGUCAUCAAAGCUACUUGCCUAACUAUGAUUCUAGGUGGCAAUGACACUACUGUGGUUACUUUCACAUGGGCCCUCUCAUUACUACUCAACAAUCCUCACGUUUUGAAAAGAGCCCAAGAUGAGUUGGACAUGCACGUUGGCAGGGACCGACAAGUGGACGAAUCAGAUAUAAUUAAGUUGGAAUAUCUCCAAGCAAUAGUCAAGGAAACAUUGCGUCUCUACCCUGCAGCUCCACUAGCUGCCCCACAUGAGGCCAUAGAAGAGUGUACCAUAGCUGGUUUUCAUGUUCCAGUAGGAACUCGUAUACUGCCAAAUCUCUAUAAGAUUCAUAGGGAUCCACGUGUAUGGUUGGACCCAUCUAAAUUUAAGCCAGAGAGGUUUCUCACAAGUCAUGUGGAUGUUGAUCUUCGAGGUCAGCACUUUGAAUUAAUCCCUUUUGGCUCUGGUAGGCGAAUGUGUCCAGGGCUUUCAUUUGCUCUUCAAGUCCUACACUUGGGUCUGGCUCGUUUGCUUCAUGAGUUUGAGUUUGCAAAUCCUUCCAACUCACCUGUGGAUAUGACAGAGAGCCCAGGGCUUACCAACAUCAAGGCAACACCACUUGAAGUCCUCCUCAGCCCACGUCUUCCUCCUAAGCUUUAUGGAUAG